AUGCCGGCAACGAAAGCGCCCAAGGCGCCAAUUAUGAAGGCCGCGAAAGCGGCGAAAAAAGGUGGUCGGCCGAAGUCGACUUUGUCCGCUGACGCCCGUCGGGAGUUAGUGGCGGCAAAGCGCGAUGAGGCUGAAAAGGCGGUGGCCGAGAUGGCCAAAAAGGCGGAGACGCUGCAGGCGUCAUCGCCCGCAGACAAGGGCACCCUUGGGGACCAGGCCGCAACCAAUAUAAAAAUCAUCCGGGAAAUUGCGGCCCAUUCAGGGAACCUCAAGGGUACCUUUCAAAAGGGCCUGAAGGACGCUGCGGCGUCCCUAGAGAAGGUGAUGUCGGCUCUGAGCUCUGGGUCGACAGGUGAGGAGGCUGAGCGCCUGCGCGUAAUAUGCGAGCGCAUGGAAGCAAAGGUCUCCUCACUUGAGAAAGAAGUGGCGCAGCUCAGAGCUGCCAUUAAUAGUGAGCGUCCCGAACGGGCGGCCCUUGCGCCUGCCCCUUUGACAGAAUUCCGGCAGGAGGAGACUGAGGUGCUGCAGCGCCUCAUUCUCUCCACGAUGAGUCCUGUACUGGACGCCCGUUUUGAGGGCCUCCAGGACCGUCUCCUGCCGGCGAAAAGUUUGCGGCCCGCACUGGCAGCCGAUAAACGCCGUACGCCGGCGAAAGAGACGUCGGGUGAUAGGUUGGCUGCCUCGGUGGCCGACAUGCUCCCGGUCUCCGACACCGAUGUGGAGGAGGUGCCGGUGCCGGCUCCGGCAAGCCGUACGGCCGUGUGGCGGAAGGCGCCCCCCCAACCGACCCCUGAACCCAAGCCCAAAAAGGGCAAAGGCAAACGGGGUAGGAAGGGAAAGGGCAAGAAAGGGAACUCUGCCCCUACGGCGCCUGAGCCGGUACCGUUGGUGACUCCACCACGGUCGUCAAUGAGGUCGGCCAACUCAUCAUCCUACGCAGCCGUAACGGCUGCGCCGGCGUCACGGCCAACCGCUCUGCCUCCGGCUCCUGGGCCAAGCGAAGAGCCCUGGAAAAAGGUGCCGGAGAAGGAUGCCAGGAGGAAGUCUGCCGCUGCCGCUGCCCCACCCCGGGGUAACCAGGCUGCGGCCAAAAAAGAGAAGGGUCCACAACCGCCCAAACUCCGCCCACCGCGGUCGGCUGCGGUUGUGAUCAGGCUGCGGCCGGACGCGGAAAAGCGGGGAGCGACAUAUGGUCAGAUCAUGGAUCAUCAUAAGUUUAUCUGGAGCCAAUCUCCGAGGAGAACAAGAAACUGGGGGGCCUGGAGUGGUUCUUAUGUAAUGAACUGUGUUGUGUUUAGGCGAAUGUGGUGUACCAGCAGGUCGAGUUAUUUGUGGAAACUCACCGAGAAUGUUGAAAUACCUCCCUUCGCCAGUCAAGACCUUAACACUUGGUACGGCUGA